AGGAACAGGGUUCUGCGCUCGAGAUCCGAUCUCAAACCAAUCCCAAUUCGAUCUAUUUUUCCAUUGAUGCUUUGAAGAAAUCACAACGCAAUGGGUUUGUUGUUCAGUCGGAUGUUCUCUUCCCUGUUCGGCAACAAAGAAGCUCGGAUCCUUGUCCUUGGCCUCGACAAUGCCGGAAAAACCACGAUUCUCUAUCGGCUCCAGAUGGGGGAAGUAGUCUCCACGAUUCCAACAAUUGGAUUCAAUGUUGAGACGGUGCAGUAUAACAACAUCAAAUUUCAAGUCUGGGAUCUGGGUGGACAAACAAGUAUUAGGCCAUAUUGGAGAUGCUACUUUCCAAACACUCAAGCCAUAAUCUAUGUCGUUGAUUCCAGUGACACUGAUAGACUGGUAAUAGCUAGAGAGGAGUUUCACGCGAUUUUGGAGGAGGAAGAGUUGAGAGGUGCUGUUGUUCUCAUUUUUGCGAACAAGCAGGAUCUUCCUGGUGCGCUUGAUGAUGCUGCAAUCACCGAGUCUUUGGAGUUGCACAAGAUUAAGAACCGCCAAUGGGCUAUUUUUAAAACUUCUGCCAUCAAAGGAGAAGGUCUUUUUGAGGGCUUGGACUGGUUGAGUAACACAUUGAAAUCUGGAGGUGGCUAACUCUUUGGCUUGGAGAUGAAUUAAAAGAUUGCUGCCGUGUGGCCAUGCUGUAAACUUACGCUGACGGUGUUUACUUUGGCACUACUUUCCGGUAGAAAAUUCUUGUCAUGAGUGUGGUUAUGUCCGAUUGACCUCCGCGUUUUCAUGUUCUCCCAUUUCGAAUUUGGCGACUGAUAUACAUGUAAAAUUUUCAUCAUAGAUACGAAAAUUCGACUCUUUCCUUGGUAAAAAUAGGUGGAAAAAAGAAUCAUCUAUGUUAGUUUUCCUUUUGUUUGUAUUAGGUUCAAUGGGAUAUACUUCAGUGGUCUAAUCUCUAACCUUGGAGUUGGAAGGUGGUCUAAGACCUUAUUCAUUUUA